CCACCGCAUGAAUGGACUCAAUCCUUUGUCGGCCUCACAUUGCCAUUGAACUGAGAGUUGUCUCGUCUUCUCCACCGCUUCUGAGUCGGAUUCCGAGCUUGGCAUGCCUCGUCUGUAUCAUACCAAGUCCAAGACGGGAUGCAAGCGUUGCCGAGCGCGGCGGGUAAAGUGUGAUGAGUCUCGGCCGACUUGUGGUAGUUGCCGUCGUCACAAGGUAGAGUGCACAUACGAUCGAGAAGAAUCUGGCAAUGCAACACAUGCGAACGGAGCAAGUGGCCAGAAUCACAGCCCGUCAAUUACAGAGAGCCGUGAACGCCGUCGUCGAGAGCUCGAGCUGCUGCAUUUCUUCACAGUCCAAACGACUCGCACACUCUCAAGCACGCAUGUUCCGGAACUACUUGAGACCUGGUCGGUGGAUGUACCAAGGUUGGCACUCAGCUAUGAUCCUCUACUCGAUGCCAUCAUGGCCUUUUCGAGCCAUCACAUGGCACGUAUAGCCAAGACGCAGGAAAAGAGGGAAGAUUACUUGACUCUACGCUCGUUAUACCUAGAAUCAACGCUCCACAAACACCGCCAAGCAGUAGGGGACUUGAGUAGAGAGAACGCAGACGCGGUAAGCUUCACGACGGUGAUACUUACAAUCGAUGCGUUUGCAAACUUGCGAGAGCGCCAGUUGGAGCCGUAUGAGCCUCCGAUCCAGUGGAUUCAGAUCUCCAGAGGCGUCGGGAGCGUCUGCAAGUUGGCCCUGGACCUCAUCAAAGACGACGACGACGCCAAGAUCCUGCCGCUCAUUGACACGAUGAUGCCCUUUAUCGGAGUGUACCAUUCGAAGCGGAAACAAAAUAUCGCGCUAUUUGCGCGUCUGCUUGUUCCCCAGGACGGAGAGACGGUGGAUGCAGACGACAUGCAAGCCUACGAGACCACGGCCAGUCUUCUCGGCUGGAUUCUCGCGGGCCACAAAUCGGGCGAGCACCUCAAGAUGUACUGCCGCCGACUGACGACGUUCCCCGUCCUGCUCCCCGACCGUUUCAUCACGCUGCUAGAGCGACAAGAUCCACGGGCCUUGGUGUUGCUGGCGCACUUCUUCGCGCUGGCGUCGCACGCAGCCGAGUUUUGGUGGAUCGGUGAGGUUCCAUGCAGGGAGAUUUGCGCUAUCCAGGGCCACCUCAGCCCUGGAUGGCAGGGAAUGGCUGCAGAGUGCGUUCAAGCAGUCCAAGCACAUGCGCCCGGUAGGGCUGAGCAAGGGCUUCCACAAUAAAGCCAAGAGGCCAAGAGGCCAAGAUGAAGCCAAGAGGACCAAGUGGAGGAAGGAUAUGCAAAAACACCUGCGUCAGCAUUAUGUGGCGGAGUUCUUUGGAUUAUUUAAUGUGUGAUGGAGGCACGGAAGAGCGGCACGUAGAAAUCUCCAAUACAACCAAACCCCAGAUUAGACAUCGCCACCGCAUCUUCGUUGCCUCACUCGCUCGGUCAUCGGCUCGCUAUCGUUUAGUGCCCAUUUUUCUGGAUCUCUCACUCGCAGACAGCCUCCACCAAGACGCAGUCUGAGACUCAGGACAGCCAAUAGACUGCCAGAUGGACAAUGGAAGGAUCUGCCCUUGAAUCUGCCUCCCGCUCGGUAUCGUUUAGAUGGUGGUGGAAUCGUCAAAGGCCUCCAUGGCUGUUAUGACUGUGUAUCAUCUCUGAUAUAAAGGGGAUACAAAUCAGCCAGGCUCGCGAUAAUUAGAAUCAUCAAUAAACCGAG